AUGGGCUCUGCAACGGUCCUCGCAUCACUUUGCUACUGCUCCCUCUCCCUCUCCUCCUCUUCCCACUCAAUGAAGGUGGCCCUCCUCAUCUCUUCCCAUCCGCCCUCUAGGGCUUCUCCCAAAAUCCCACAUUCGUCCCAUCUCCGUAGAUUCUUUUCCGCACUCCACCUGCCUCGACCCCCGCUGUGGGACGGCCUCAAGCCGCCGGUGAGGCCUCUUUCCUUUGGAAACUUUGCGCGCAAAGAGAAAAAUGUGAAAUUUCAUGGUAAAGUUGUUCGUGCUUCUUUAUUUGGAGUGGGUGCUCCUGAAGCAUUGGUUAUUGGAGUGGUAGCUCUGCUGGUGUUUGGCCCUAAAGGCCUAGCUGAGCUUUUUGAUAUUGUGAAAACAGGAUGUGAAUCACAUAUCCUUUUUAGACUUGAACAUCUUGAUAUCAGUGAUAUAGGAUCUUAUACAUAA